CCCCCCCAUCCCAUCAUCAACACCGCCUCAUCUUUCCCAGCCCCAAGCCCGCGCGGCCCAUCUCCACCUCACCCAUCCACCGGACCUCACCGGUGCUUUGUCCUGUAUGCCACUCGACACCACACGGAAUGAAAGCGAACAACUGCACUCCAACAACCCAUCCAGCACUUCUUUGAAGCCCACGCGCGCUCGGCCGGCAACACCAUAGUCCCAUCCACGGCCCGAGCCCCCCCGUCCGACACACAGUUCGAUGCCCGCCGCAGACAUGACUCUCGCGUCUGCCGCCUCGUCGCCCGCCGCGACCCGCAAGACGGCCUCCGCGCCGGAGAAGAAGUACAAGUGCCAGUUCUGCAACCGCGCAUUCAGUCGCAGCGAGCAUCGCAGCCGGCACGAGCGAUCACAUACAAAGGAACGCCCUUUCAAGUGCAUGAAGUGUCGCAGCACCUUCGUGCGUCGCGAUCUCCUGUUGCGCCACGACCGCACCGUACACGCAAAGGAUGGUGGCGUGCCGCUGCACAGCGAGGUCAAGCGUCGGACAACCACAAAGGCCCCCGAGGCGGCUGUUUCUGGCCCCUCGAAGACGGCGAUGCCCAUGGACACGGCGACACUGGAGCAGAUCGAGGCCAGCAGCGAUGGGAUGGUUGACAUCGAGACGGCCGCCAUGCUGAUGACGGACUUCCAUCACAAGGCGAUGGCCAGCCAGGAGCCGGAAAUCGUGGGCGACGGGCCAGAAACGGUCAUUUCGCCCAACGGCCCCGCGCUUCUGGAACCAGCCGUCAGCUAUCCAUCGGGAGCUGUCUCCUUGCCCCAAAUGCCGUGGGAUUCGAUGCUGCCACAACCCAAGUCUAACUCAAUGUCGUCAAGUGGAGGAUCGAUGCAGACUCACCCGCAUCAACUCCCCCCGAUUAUGGAACGACAAAUGUCCGGCAGCGAUGCCAUGGUUUCCUUCCGGUCGUUGGACAACUCAGUGCCCGGAAACGGUAUUGGCACACCUGGCGCGCUGUCGCCGUACCCCAUGCUCGGCCCUGUGUCGCCUGUCGAUUAUCGAAGGUCUCCCGGCCCUCCCCAGCACUGCACGACGACGAAGCCGCCGCAAGUCGACUCCGAAGAAGCUUGUGCACAGAUCUUUGAGAACAUCAGGGUCUUUGACAACGAGACUGCGCUACUUGACACCUUCCGCCUUCCCAACAGGGCUGUCUUGAACCGCUAUCUGCACACCUACUUCACGUUGUUCCACCAUCACUUGCCGUUCCUGCACCCAGGCUCCUUCAAGCCGUCUGAAGUAUCUGCGCCACUUCUGCUCGCAGUGCUAUCCAUCGGCGCGCUGUACACCUUCGACCAGGACCAGGCGUACAUGCUUCAUAUUGGCUCGAAGGUGCUCAUCAACCAGUUCUUGCAGAACAAAGAAAACUUCAGCUCAAGGAAGUGUCCGUUAUGGACAAUGCAGAGCACGCUGCUGAACAUGAUCUUUGCCAGCUGGAGUGGCGACCCCAAGGGCCUCGAGUGGGCUUGUUCGAUAAAGAGCUUACUAGCCAACAUGGUCGCCGGUAACAGGUACGAGCUUAAGCUCCGAACAGAAGCUCGUGGUGGUGCGCAGCCCAAGCAUGAGGAGUGGAUUGAAGACGAGCAAUGUCGACGCACAUACUACGCCGUCUACAUUUUCUUUGGUCUUCUCACUCUGACGUACAACCACACGCCUGCCAUGGGCUUCAAUGAGUUCGAUUCCUUGGAGCUACCCUCUUCGGAAUCUCUCUGGGAUGCUGGAGUGUCAGACGAAGAUUCCUGGAAAGAGACCCUCGCUGCUUCUAACACUCUAUCUUUCCGUCAAGCACAUGACAACUUGUUCCGAGGAGAACCAGCCCGUUACAGCGCCUUCGCCACCCGUGUGAUGAUCAACGCCUUGUUCCUUGAGGUUUGGUACCACAAGCGCAGCCCUGAAGCUCUCCAGGACGUCGUAACCGAGUACAAACUACGCCUUGCUCUCGAAACGUGGGAAAAAUCACUGGAACUUUGUGAGCCUGAGACCGUCGUGGUCUCUUUGAGCGCGCCUCAUAAGGGACAUCCUCUGAUUUUCAAUGCCAUGGCCAUGUAUCGGAACACUCGGGCCCGCCUUGUUGUGGACUUGAAAUCGGUUCAGGAGGCACUUCGCUAUCACGACUCCUACGAGGUUGCCGCUGCAAUGACUAAUGCCAGGGACAAGGUGCAACGUUCGCAAGAAAUGCUCAAGGUCAUCUCAGAGUGUUUCGAUUGCAUCGAGGUCGCUGCACUUCAAGGCAUCCGCUGGGUUGCGAGAACAUCAGCCACCAAUUGGAGUAUCGAGCACCCACUCUGCGGCAUGGAUCUCAUGGUCAUCCUUACUUUGUGGCUCUAUCGUCUGGAACAUGACGAGGAACCUGCCACUGAGGAAGAAACGGCCAUGUAUAACAAGCUCAGCAAUCUCUUCGACGACGAUUCGGCCGAUGUUUACGGUGCUAAGCUCAGUUCAACCGUAGCGAGGCUUUGGGGAAGCAUGAUCGACGAGGUUGUCGUCUGGGGUAUCACCAAACUCAUGGGUGAAUCCUUCAAGCUUCAUUCGCAAGCACUCGUCGGCUACGAGGACGCCAUCUCAUCUCGAUCCGGGUCUCCCACUCCGUCAUUAACAUCUCAGGGGGUUCAGGUGAUGGAGAUGCAAGUUGCAUAUUAGACUCUAGUUUUAAUAUCAGCUUAACGACAUUUACGUGUUUCCUUAGGUAAUUUCCUUAGUACCCAUCUUCAUCAUUAGACUGGUCUUCCACUUUCCGUAAUCCCGGGAUCUCCUGUCUAC